AAGAAACUGAACCUUUCUAUUACUGUUCCCUCCUUCCUCACCGAUUUCAGAUCCCCCUUUUAUUCUCUGUCUCUCUCGACAUUGUAACUGUGUAACUCUUUUCUCUAUCUUCCUCUUCAUCAACUUUGUCAAUCUGUUCUUGCCUAGUCAAUAGGGAAGAUAACAACACAUUCUUUCAUGGUGUCAAACGUGUCAGACAUGGCCGCGGCCGGAGAGGGAUCAUCAUCGAAAUGGAUUCUUGAAAGCAUUGAGAUUGAUCCACUGGUGGACGUUCCUAUAGAAAACAAUGAGCCAGAUGAGACUACCAGCCCAUGCAAACCUUUGAAACAAAUAAAAUCCUUGAAGAAAAGCAUUAGUAGUGUAAGGAAAAGGAAUGGUAUCCAAAGUAACAACAAUGUACCUAGGAUGGGAAGAAUGGCAUCUGGGGCAUCUAGAGGCCUUAAGAGCUUACGCUUCCUCGACCGGACAACGACUGGGAAAGAAGCCGACGCGUGGAGGUCCGUUGAGAAGCGCUUCAAUCAACAUGCACCCGAUGGGAGCCUCUGCAGAGACAAAUUUGGAACUUGCAUUGGAAUGGGAGCAGAAUCAAAGGACUUUGCCGGGGAAUUAUAUGAUGCCUUAGCAAGGCGCAGGCAAAUAUGCACAACAAAUGGGAUAACAAGAGAAGAGUUGAGACUGUUUUGGGAGGACAUGACUAACCAAGACCUUGAUUCUAGGCUUCAAAUAUUCUUUGACAUGUGUGACAAGAAUGGGGAUGGGAAGCUGUCAGAGGAUGAGGUGAAGGAGGUUAUAGUUUUGAGCGCCUCUGCAAACAAGCUAGGAAAUCUUAAAAAGCAAGCCACGAUAUAUGCAUCUUUAAUCAUGGAAGAGCUUGAUCCUGACCAUCAAGGGUAUAUAGAGAUGUGGCAACUAGAAACUCUACUAAGGGGAAUGGUGAGCUCUGAAGAUGGAGGUAACCAGAAACUUUCCAAGAGAACCCAAACUCUAACAAGGGCUAUGAUCCCCAAGAGAUACAGAACUCCUGUUAGCAGAUUCUUAUCUGAAACUGGGGAACGUAUACAUGAUAAUUGGAGGAGAAUAUGGGUUGUCACAUUGUGGUUAACCAUCAACUUGGUCCUUUAUCUUUGGAAGUUCAAUCAAUACAAGCACCAUGGGGCAUUCCAAAUCAUGGGUUAUUGUGUCUGCAUUGCCAAGGGUGCAGCCGAGACUCUGAAGUUCAAUAUGGCUCUCAUCCUUUUUCCUGUUUGUAGAAAGACUCUUACUAAGUUUAGAUCAACAUUUCUCAGUAGCUUAGUUCCUUUUGACGACAAUAUAAAUUUCCACAAGUUAUAUGCACUAGGAAUAGCCGUUGGGACUUUUGUUCAUGCUACAGUGCACAUAACUUGUGAUUUUACAAGGUUGGUAUCAUGUCCAAAGGAAAAGUUCAUGACAAUUCUAGGGUCUGAUUUCAAUUACAAACAGCCAAGUUACAUGGAUUUGGUGGAAAGUACCCCAGGUGUAACCGGGAUUCUAAUGGUCAUUAUAAUGGUUUUCUCCUUCACAUUGGCCACACAUUCGUUUAGAAGAAAUGUCAUCAAGUUACCAUGGCCUCUCAACAAUUUGGCCGGGUUCAAUUCCUUCUGGUAUGCACAUCAUUUGCUGGUGCUGGCAUAUAUCCUCUUGGUCAUCCAUGGCUACUUCUUGUUCCUCACAAAGGACUGGCAGAAUAAGACGACAUGGAUGUAUCUUGUUGUCCCUGUACUAUUAUAUGCUAGUGAGAGAGCUUCUACACUAAUUAAUGAAAGCAAUCAUCAGGUCGACAUCAUUAAGGCAAUCAUAUACACGGGAAAUGUUUUAGCACUAUACAUGAGCAAACCUCUAGGAUUCAAGUAUAAAAGUGGAAUGUACCUUUUUGUCAAGUGUCCAGAUAUAUCAAACUUUGAAUGGCAUCCUUUCUCCAUCACUUCAGCACCAGGAGAUGACUAUUUAAGUGUCCACAUAAGGACCUUGGGAGACUGGACUACAGAGCUUAAAAACAGAUUUGCACAGGUCUGUGAGGCCCAAAGUACCCAAACAAGAAGAGGAAGUCUCGUGAGAAUGGAAACUAAAGCGUGUCCAAACUAUGAUAUUUCACAAUCAGAAUAUCCAAGGAUCCUUAUCAAAGGACCAUAUGGAGCCCCAGCUCAGGAUUACAAGAAGUAUGACAUCCUUUUGCUAAUAGGUCUAGGAAUUGGGGCCACUCCAUUCAUCAGUAUUCUAAAAGACCUCUUAAACCAUAUCAAGCCAACUGACCUUGAAGAUGAUUCAAGACAAAACAAUUCAUCAUGGUCAAAUAAGAAGGGUCCUGAAAGAGCAUAUUUUUACUGGGUAACAAGGGAACAAGGCUCCUUUGACUGGUUUAAAGGUGUCAUGGAUGAUAUUGCAGAGUAUGACCACAAUAAUGUAAUAGAAAUGCACAAUUACCUGACUAGUGUCUACGAAGAAGGAGAUGCACGGUCUGCACUUAUUGCCAUGGUGCAGCAACUGCAACAUGCUAAGAAUGGAGUUGAUGUUGUCUCUGAAAGUCGGAUACGAACACAUUUUGCAAGACCCAACUGGAAGAAAGUUUUUUCUGACUUGGCAAGUACACACCAAUCAUCAGUAAUAGGUGUGUUUUACUGUGGAAGCACUGCACUUACCAAACCACUAAAGAAGCUUUGCCAAGAAUUUAGUUUAAACUCAUCAACGCGCUUCCACUUCCACAAGGAGAACUUCUAGUUUAGCUAUUUCACAAUGGCAAAACUUUAGUAGGCACACACUUUAUUUAUUUAUUUAUUUUUCAUUUAUUUAAAGAUGUUCCUCUUCUUGUUGUUAGUAUUGUACAUUCAGAAACGUAUAGGCAUAUGUACAA